UCUCUCUCUCUGUCAGUGGAUGUGUUCAGAUCUUCAGGAUUUCCAUUACAUGAGAGUAGAAACUUCAUGUUGAGUAGCAAUUCAAUCCUAUCAGAUUCCGAGAUUUGGUUUUAUUGUGGAUUGCUGCUACACAUCUCGUCCCUGCCUGCCUAACAAACUGCAUCUCCUCUCUUUGAUUUCCACUUUCCAUCUCACUCUGUCCUGUCUCUCUGCUAUCCUCCCAGGUCCAAUCUGCAAACCAGGCCCUUCCUGCAUGGAAACAUUACAGAGCUCAAUAUUUUUAUUUAUUAAAUGGUUACUUCAUAGAAUCUAUUUUUGGCCAAAUAUUUAAUUUUUUCCCAUUUAAUCUGACCUUGUAUUUGUUCUGUAUAUUUAUUUCUACUGCAGCUUCUGCUUGGAUCAGUAGUGUGUUGUGAUUAAUCGAUACAAGGAGUUUCUUAUUAAACCAGACCCACGGCAUGACUGGAUUUCUCUGAUUAAGAGAUUUAAAAUAAUAAUUAACAAACACCACAGUUGUGUGUGUCUCUGUGUCUCUGUACAGCUGUGUGUGUGUGUCUGUAUAACAGUGUGCAUGUGCUGCAGCUGGGACUCUGUGUGUGUGUGUGCGUGCGUGCGUGCGCGUGUGUGUGCGUGCGUGCGUGUGUGUGUGCUGUAUUUGUGAGUCUGUAUAUAGCAGUGUCUGUGGGACAAGCUGCUGGUCUAUUUCACCAUCCUUGCAACCCCUCAGGUGCACUGCACAUGAAGAAUUCAAAUACUGGGGAGCAUUUGAGAGGCACUCCCCAACUGAGCCAACCAGAAAGCUGCUGAAAGUAUUGGCCUCUGAUUCUCUUGUCAGCUGGUUCAAAGUUAUGUUUUUUCCCCUCAUUUUCAGAAAUAUUGUUUCAUUUACCUUAUAGAGCUACUGUAUAAUACGGUUGGGUUUGAUAAUCCCUCCUCUCUUCAGUGGCAUGUAACCCUGCGUGCGUGUGCAGCCUCUGACAAGGGAAGUGAAUCUCAUAUACCAGGUUAGAGUGUGAGGCAGUCACAAGCAGACAGGUGGUGCAGUGGGCUAGUUCACUAACAUGCUGUGCUGUUCACCUUGGUUCACAUCUAGGUGAGUUCUUCCUUUAUUUUCAAAGACUUGGUUAAUUUCUUAUAUAAGGCAAUGAAAAAGCACACUCCUCCAUGGAAGCGAGAUGGACUGGGUUCAAAUCCAGGCGAAUUCUGCUUGUUUCAAAUAGUUUGUAAUUGACUUUAUAUAUAGUGUGAACCAACACUUUCCUGUGGGAGCUGGUGGUGCAGUAGGCAAUGCCGAUGGUCUUCUCCCUCUGAAGACAGCGGUUUGAAUCCCAGUCCCCGAGGCGGGUUCCUAUAAUUGUGAGUCGUGGUUGUAAGUCUGGGUGUUGGUUCUAAGUAAUGAUGCAGGUUGUAACUGACAAUGGGGGUUGUGUCUCUACAGAUGGAGGAGGGCAGUGUUCCCUGAUGAAGAGCGGGCUGCGGUGGAAGAUGGGGGUGUAGAGAGCUGGUGGGAUGUUUCCUUCAUUUUGGCCAGGCAUUUCAGAUCUGACCUACAAACAGACUCCCGAUAGAGAUAGGCGUGUCUUCAGCGACAUAUUACCCAUUUGUCAGCUCUGUAAAACAGUCGCGCGACAGUUCAAUUUCAGGGUUUAGUCCUAAACAAAUCACAGCAGCGCCACUGUAUCGAAGCGUGACAGAGUCGAGGUAUUUGUAGCGUGUGUGGCCCUUUAAAGGCUGUGGGACUGGCGGACACGCUGUCCAAUCAGAAAGCACACCUACAGGGCUGCAUUGAAACCCGCAGCCAAUGUGAAUCCUCGACGGGCGGGUUUAAACCACGUGGUUCGACAUUGUUUGUGGAGAAGAAGCCGACGGAGCUGCAGCUGUGAGUGACGUUUCCGUUUAGAGUCGAGGUGAUCGCUGACGUUUGAUACAGUCAGGAGUUGUGAACUGUACCCAGAGGCGGAGGGCUCUGUUAGGAAGUCAUUCCGGUCUGAAGCACGGCUCAAAGAUGGAAUCUGUCCCCAUUAAAGAGGAAGACACUGAACUGGACGCUGUCCACAUUAAAGAGGAAGACAUUGAACUGGACGCUGUCCACAUUAAAGAGGAAGACACUGAACUGGACGCUGUCCACAUUAAAGAGGAAGACAUUGAACUGGACGCUGUCCACAUUAAAGAGGAAGACACUGAACUGGACGCUGUCCACAUUAAAGAGGAAGACACUGAACUGGAUGCUGUCCACAUUAAAGAGGAAGACACUGAACUGGACGCUGUCCACAUUAAAGAGGAAGACACUGAACUGGACGCUGUCCACAUUAAAGAGGAAGCAAGCCGCAUUGCCGAGGACGUCAGUGACCUGGGACGCAUCCACGUCAUCGAGGACAGUCCCACGCUGGAAUGGGGGCACAUUAAAGAGGAGCGCGCCAGUCCCUCAGACACUCACAAUGCAGCUGAUUUGGGGCUCAGUGUGGAAAAGCCUCACAUCCCUGGACCGGAGCAGGUGCACAUGCAGGGAGGCGGGUUCGAGAGCGCUCACACGAGGGAGAAUCACAGCAACCCUAACCAGGGCUUCAAAAGACACAUGACUUCCACUGGGAGCAGAUCAGUGGAUCAGGCUCAUGAUGAGGAGCCCCCUGCUUCCUGUCGGAUCUCCAGCACCGGGGCUCAGUACCUUCAGAGGCACGGAAAGAAGGAAGAGCAUCAGUGCACCGAGUGUGGAAAGAGUUUCAGCCAGACAGAGAGCCCCAAACCACACAGAGCGGACACAGGGGACCCCCCUUACCACUGCCCUGAGUGUGGAGACAGCUUCAUCCAGCUGGGAAACCUCCGAUCACACCAGCGCAUCCACACGGUGGAGAUGCAGCUCCGCUGCCCAGCCUGCAGGAAGACUGCCCGGGAUUCAGGACACCUGGGGAUCCAGCAGCAGCAGCAGCCCGCGCCGCGGGAGACUCCGUACAGCUGUCCGGAGUGCGGGGAGAGCUUCAGUGCAGCCGGGGCCCUCAAACUGCACCGCCGCAUUCACACUGGAGAGAAGCUGUGUCUGUGCAGCCUGUGUGGGAAGAGCUUCAGCCGCCUGCAGCACCUGCGCAACCACCAGCGCAUUCACACGGGGGAGACCCCGUACCACUGCCCUGCCUGUGGGAAGAGCUUCAACCAGUCGGGCGCUCUGAGGAGGCACCAGCGCAUUCACACGGGGGAGACGCCCUAUCACUGCAUGGAGUGUGGCAGGAGCUUCAUUCACGGAGGAGCCCUGAACAUGCACCAGCGCCGAGCCCACGCUGGCAAGACCCCCUAUCACUGCCCUGAGUGUGGAGAGGGCUUCAGCUACUCCUACCAGCUCAACGGGCACGCCUGCACUGUGGGGCAUGGAUAGCCACAGCCCAGCAACGUGCACGGCGACAGCUGUCAAGUGAACACUGCUGUCUGUGUGUCAGAUCUCUCCUUUCCAUGCACUGGGGGGGGACACAGAAUCCUUCCUAGUGUUUACAGUGGUUCACUUCAAACAUGUGGCCAGGGUGUGCAAACAGAUCUCCAUGGUUUAGAAAGCCAGCACAAGGAAGCACAGAUUAACCCUUUUAUAUCAGGAUUGGGAUCAUUCGCUGUUCGUUACAUUUAAACACAUGCAUAUCAUUUACUGCAGGACUGUGUCAUUAACUGGAGCGAAACAGUUUGUGUCAUUAUCAAAAAAAGCCAUGAAAACAAGCCAUGAAAACAAACCACAAGCCAAGCCAGUGGAGACGUCGCUGCUGCCCUGCAGGAUCCCAGGCUUGCAGGCCACGGUGGAGGAUUCAGUGAA